AUGCCAGCAGGUUCGGUCACAUUACAAAGCAUAAAAAAACUGGGCCAGGAAAACCGCAGCUAUGAAGUCUCAGAUGAAGAGCCCGCUGGAUCGUACAUGAGUAUGUCGGCGUCUAAAGAGAACGCAAAGGCGCCGGGGAAGGCGGAGGAGCAGCCGGCCAUAAGAGUCGGGUUCUUCCAGCUGUUCCGUUUCUCCACAAAGCGGGACGUCCUGAUGAUGGCGGUGGGCGGAGCUUGCGCCGUGCUCCACGGCUCCGCCCAGCCCCUGAUGCUGCUGGUGUUCGGGCUCCUCACCGACACUUUCAUCGAGUACGACGUCGAGCUGAACGCGCUGAAGGACGACAGGAAAGAGUGUGUGAACGGCACCAUCCAGUGGAAGAAGAACUACACUGCAGGACUGAACAUGAGCCAGAGCGGCUGGAGCGCCAUGAGCAAUGCAACAUGGGAAAUGAUGACUCCUCUGGAGGAGCUGCCCUGUGGGAAUCUAGACAUCGAAUACGAAAUGACCAAAUUCGCUUUUUACUACGCUGGAAUUGGAAUCGCAGUGUUUUUGUUGGGCUACCUCCAGAUCUCGCUGUGGGUGAGAGCAGCGGCCGGACAAGUCCAGCUCAUCAGAAAACAGUAUUUCAGUAAAGUGAUGCGGAUGGAGAUCGGCUGGUUCGACUGUACGUCUGUGGGGGAGCUCAACACUCGCAUGUCUGACGACAUCAACAAGAUCAACAACGCCAUCGCCGACCAGGUGGCCAUUUUCCUGCAGCGUUUCACCACGUUCGUGUGCGGCUUCUGCGUCGGCUUCAUCAAAGGCUGGAAGCUAACUCUGGUGAUUGUAGCGGCGAGUCCUCUGAUCGGCGUCGCGACCGGCCUCAUGGCGCUAUUCGUGGCGAAGCUGACGGGUCUGGAGCUGCAGGCGUACGCUAAGGCGGGAGCGGUGGCUGACGAGGUCCUGUCUUCUAUUCGUACGGUGGCGGCGUUUGGCGGGGAGAAAAAGGAAGUGGACAGAUACGAUAGAAACCUGGUGUCCGCGCAGCAGUGGGGCAUCAGGAAGGGCCUCAUCAUGGGGUUCUUCACCGGAUACAUGUGGUUCAUCAUCUUCCUCUGUUACGCUCUGGCCUUUUGGUACGGCUCCGGUUUGGUGGUGGACGCAAAGGAGUACACGCCGGGAACGCUACUGCAGGUGUUUUUCGGUGUCUUGAUCGCCGCCAUGAACUUGGGCCAGGCGUCUCCGUGUCUGCAGGCGUUUGCCGCGGGCCGUGGAGCCGCAACCAGCAUCUUCGAAACUAUCGAUAGAGAGCCGGAGAUCGACUGUUUGUCCGAGGCUGGAUAUAAACUGGACAGGGUCAAAGGAGAUAUUGAGUUUCAUAACGUGACCUUCCACUACCCCUCGAGACCUGAAGUAAAGAUCCUGGACCAGCUCAGCGUCGCAGUGAAGUCGGGAGAGACCACGGCGUUUGUGGGUCCGAGCGGCGCGGGGAAAAGCACCACCGUUCAGCUCAUCCAACGCUUCUACGACCCCAAAGAGGGCAUGGUGACCCUGGACGGCCAUGACAUCAGAGGGCUCCAUAUCCAGUGGCUGCGCUCUCUGAUUGGCAUCGUGGAGCAGGAGCCGGUGCUUUUCGCCACCACCAUCGCAGAGAACAUCCGCUACGGACGUCCCGGGGUGACCAUGGAUGAUAUCGUUAAGGCUACGAAGGAGGCCAACGCGUACAACUUCAUCAUGGACUUGCCUCAGAAAUUCGACACGCUGGUGGGCGAGGGCGGUGGUCAGAUGAGCGGAGGACAGAAGCAGCGCAUCGCCAUAGCCCGAGCGCUGGUCAGAAACCCUCGUAUUCUCCUGCUGGACAUGGCCACGUCUGCUCUGGACAACGAGAGCGAGGCCGUGGUCCAAGAAGCUCUGGAUAAAGUACGACUGGGCAGGACGACCAUCUCCAUCGCUCACCGCUUGUCCACGAUAAAGAACGCGGACGUGAUCGUGGGUUUCGAGCAUGGGCGUGCGGUUGAGCGAGGGAAACACAACGAGCUACUGGAGAGGAAGGGAGUGUACUUCACCCUGGUCACGCUGCAGAGCCAAGGAGACAAGGCUCUGAACGAGAAAGCCAGAGAAAUGGCCAACACAGAAGAAGAUCUGGAGGGACGCACGAUGAUCAGAGCAGGAAGCUACCGAGAGAGUCUGAGGGCCUCCAUUCGCCAGCGGACCAGAUCACAGAUGUCCAACCUCAUUCCUAAUUCAGUUUCCUCCGCGGGAGAUCUUGGCCCCAGAGCGUACUCGCUGUCCCAGCCCGACAAAUCAAAGGCUGCUGUCGAAGAAGAGGAGGAGUCGGUGGAACCCGCUCCCGUGGCGAGGAUCCUCAAAUACAACCGACCCGAGUGGCCGUACAUGCUGUUCGGAUCCAUCGGCGCCGCAGUUAACGGAGGAGUCAACCCCGUGUACUCGCUGCUCUUCAGUCAAAUCCUGGCUACUUUCUCUAUACCGGAUUCUCAGAAGCAGCGUGACGAGAUAGAUAACAUCUGCCUCUUCUUUGUCCUGGUCGGAGUGCUUUCUUUCGUCACGCAGAUGCUUCAGGGUUACGCCUUUUCAAAGUCUGGAGAGCUGUUGACCCGGAGGCUGCGGCGGCUGGGGUUCCACGCUAUGCUGGGGCAGGAGGUCGGCUGGUUCGACGACCACAGGAACAGCCCCGGAGCGCUGACCACACGGCUGGCCACGGAUGCUUCACAGGUUCAAGGGGCCACUGGCUCCCAGAUCGGAAUGAUCGUGGACUCUCUGACGAACAUCGGCGUGGCCAUCCUGAUGUCCUUCUACUUCAGCUGGAAGCUCACCAUGGUCAUUCUGUGCUUCCUGCCGUUCAUCGUUCUGUCUGGAGGGUUUCAGGCUCAAAUGCUCACGGGUUUUGCUAAACAGGACAAAGCCGCGAUGGAGACGGCGGGACGGAUUUCUGGCGAGGCUCUGAACAACAUCCGCACCAUCGCCGGUUUGGGCAAAGAGAAGCUUUUUGUGGAGAUGUUCGAGGCGCAGCUCCACGCUCCCUACGACGCCGCGAUAAAGAAAGCCAACGUGUACGGCGCUUGCUACGGCUUCGCGCAGUGCGUCGUGUUCUUCACAAACUCCGCCUCCUACAGGUUCGGCGGAUAUUUGGUACGACAAGAGGGGCUACACUUCAGCAUGGUUUUCCGGGUGAUUUCGGCCAUUAUUACAGGCGGUCAAGCCCUGGGCAGAGCGUCGUCCUACACGCCGGACUACGCCAAAGCCAAGAUCUCAGCUGCACGUUUCUUCCAGCUGCUCGACCGUGUUCCUCUUAUCAGCGUCUACAGCGACAAGGGGAAAAAAUGGGAUAACUUCCAAGGCAACCUCGAGUUCAUUGACUGUAAGUUCACCUACCCCUCCAGGCCCGACAUCCAGGUGCUCAACGGUCUAAAUGUUUCCGUGAAGCCGGGCCAAACUCUGGCCUUUGUGGGCAGCAGCGGCUGUGGUAAAAGCACGAGCGUGCAGCUGCUGGAGAGGUUCUACGACCCGGACCACGGCCGUGUGAUGAUCGACGGCCACAGCUCCACGCAGGUCAACGUGGCCUUCCUGCGCUCCAAGAUCGGCAUCGUGUCCCAAGAGCCCAUCCUGUUUGACUGCAGCAUAGCGGAAAACAUCAAGUACGGCGACAACUCCAGGGAAAUCAGCCUGAACGAGGUCAUCUCAGCCGCUAAGAAAGCUCAGCUCCACAGCUUUGUCAUGUCUCUACCCGAGAAAUACGACACAAACGUGGGGGCGCAGGGCUCGCAGUUGUCCCGCGGGCAGAAGCAGAGGAUCGCCAUCGCCAGAGCCAUUAUCCGUGACCCCAAAAUCCUGCUGCUGGACGAAGCCACGUCAGCUCUGGACACGGAGAGCGAGAAGACGGUCCAGGACGCUCUGGACAAAGCUCGAGAAGGCCGCACCUGCAUCGUCAUCGCUCACCGUCUGUCCACCAUUCAGAACUCUGACAUCAUCGCCGUCAUGUCCCGCGGCUACGUCAUCGAAAAGGGGACGCACGACCACCUCAUGAGCCUGAAGGGGGCGUACUACAAGCUCGUCACCACGGGAGCGCCGAUUAGCUAAACGCUCGAGGAGGAAGAAGAAGAAGAAGAAGAAAACAGCGACCGAGAACGACAUUGUUACAAAAACGUGGGAGCGUGUUCCGACAGUUCACUCUUACAGUAUUUAUAUGAACCAGAAAGUGUGUGUUUGAGUUUUGUGUUGUGUUUUGUUGCUCUUUAUCAGUGUUUCAGGUGUACGGGGACCCCUAGUGGUACGGAGGGGAACAGUUUGGAGUGAUUUCAGAUUUAAAAAAGAUGGAACGGACAAGUAUUUGAAACUUAAACGUUCUUUGUAAUGUUUCUGUAGAAUAAUUUUGACAUGAGGAUAAUUAAAACAAGAAAACACAAUUGGUUUUAUUGAUUAUAUUGUAAAAAAAAUUAAGAUAUGUGGGUUACGACUGGGGCUGUCCAUCAAAAGUAAAGUUAUAAACGCCCAAAUGAAAGCUUAAAGUGAGGUGUAAUACGCACAAAAUAUCACAAAAAUGAUUAUAAAGAGAAAAACAAGGCGUUCUUGAUUGGGUUUUUUCAUUCAAACGUGGCUUGAAAUGUUGUGACGGUUUAUUUUAAUAGGUGAGAUUUUACUUUUAAGUGUUUUUUUCAUCUGUGUUUGUGAAAUUUCAGGUUUUAAUGGCGAAUAUAUUGGAGAAGUUUGUUUAUAAAGUGAAUUGUGUAAAGACGAUGGCGGGAACGGGGAAUAGUUUUGUUUUGGGACGUCACAGUUGUUGUUUUUUUGCUUUUAUUUCAGUUUGUGUUAAUGAAAAAAAGAAUUAAUAAAAGGUUUAAACUAG